GGCGCAGUGUCCGGACGACGGACCCUGUGUUUCCAAAAUGGCGGCAGCGAUGGAUGUGGAUACCCCGAGCGGCACCAACAGCGGCGCGGGCAAGAAGCGCUUUGAAGUGAAAAAGUGGAAUGCAGUAGCCCUCUGGGCCUGGGAUAUUGUGGUUGAUAACUGUGCAAUCUGCAGGAAUCACAUUAUGGAUCUUUGCAUAGAAUGUCAAGCUAACCAGGCGUCUGCUACUUCUGAAGAAUGUACCGUUGCGUGGGGAGUCUGUAACCACGCUUUUCACUUUCACUGCAUUUCUCGCUGGCUCAAAACACGGCAGGUGUGUCCAUUGGACAACAGAGAGUGGGAAUUCCAAAAGUAUGGGCACUAGAAAAAGAAUUCUUCCAUCAAGCUUAACUGAUUUGUUAUUCAUUUAAUGGCUUGCCCUCCUGUUACUUAAUUAUAGGUUAGAUAGAACUGUGUCUUUUCUGCUUUGUCUUUUCAGUUUGCUGUUCCUACAGCCAUAUUGUAUUCUGUGUCAAAUAAAAAGUCCAGUUAGAUUCUAGAA